AUGGGACAAGCAUUUAGCUUUACAAAUAUUUUCGGCAAGUUGUGGGGUAUGAACAAAGAGGUGAGGAUCCUUAUAUUGGGUCUAGAUGGUGCUGGUAAAACAACUAUAUUGUAUCGUUUGCAAAUGGGAGAAGUAGUCACAACAAAACCAACAAUAGGGUUCAAUGUCGAAACAUUGAAAUAUAAAAACAUCACCUUGAAUAUCUGGGAUCUAGGGGGACAGACGUCCAUAAGACCGUAUUGGAGGUGCUAUUAUAGUAACACGUCAGCCAUUAUUUUCGUUGUUGACUCUACUGACAAGGACCGUAUUGACACAGCCUGCAAAGAAUUACACACGAUGUUGAAGGAAGAGGAAUUGCAAGAUAGUGCAUUGUUAGUGUUUGCAAACAAGCAGGAUCAACCCGGAGCUAUGACCGCUGCUGAGGUUUCGCAAGCGUUAAGUCUAACUGAUUUGAAAGAUAGAAGUUGGAGUAUCGUUGCAUCAAGUGCUAUAAAAGGAGAAGGUUUGAACGAGGGGUUAGAUUGGUUGAUGGAUGUAAUUAAAGAUGAACAGUUGUGA